GCCUGUAGUUCUUUUUAUUGUUGAUUGGAAACAAGGUUCCGGCUGUUUAAAAAGUGUUAAAUUUUGCAUGUUUGUUUGAGAAUGCACAAUGGCUACGAGAACACGUUCAACAGAAAGGUUAAAGUGCAUGAAUCUUCCUUAAAGCUGCUAAAUCCGAUUAACAUAUUACUGCCCUUUUAUUACACUCAUCUGUGUUUGCUAUCAUGAGAUAUCGUCAAAUGCCUACUACACAAUUUACAAGAUGUCGCCAUUUUUUACAUCAUGAUAAACGGACUGCUAAUCGAGACUGACCGAUUGAGAGUGUUUGGAUUUUGACCUAGAUACGCCAGCGUUGUGAAACCAACACAGUAAGAGAGCCAGAUCAUCUAUCCUAAAUUCUUUUAGCUAUUUCACUGAUAUGUUAGUCUUCAGUUUCAGCCAACACAUUUCUUUUCUAUAUUUAAAUAUUUUCAUCUUUCUACAGGCGGGCAAUGGCCUUGACGCAUCCAACAUUAUUGAAGAUCUCAUUGAAUAUCAUGGGUUCUCAUGGAGAAAACAUGGCAUCUGGUCGCAUAACACGUCGCUUCUUCACAGUAUCGGAUGUUUUAGAUCAAGUUUUGGCUGACAAUGAAGACGUUGAUAACAUUAUUCUUCUGCCUCCAGAAGAAGAUGGUGAUGUAACAGAUGACGAUGAAAAUGAGGGUGACACAGCUCCUCACGAUGUUCCUGGGAUUGUAGAAGCUGACAUCCAAGUGACAGGCGAAGAGGCUGAUUCUAAAGUUGGAGAUACAGAACAAGUUACUCCAGCCAAAAAACUCAAAAUGAAUGUUAUCUGGAAGGAAAACUCAGAGGAUAUCAGCGAAAUGCCCAGAAAAGAUAUAGGUAAACUUUGUGAGCAACAUCCCGAGCUCGUAGACAAAUCCCCCUAUGAGUUAUUCAUGAUGUACUUUAGUGAGAUUUUGGACCAUUUGGUUUGUGAAACCAAUAGAUAUGCAGCUAGACAGAACGACCAUACCUUCAAUAUUAAAGAAGAUGACAUGAAACGUUUCUGUGGUAUCUUCUUACUGAGUGGAUACCACACGUUACCUCAGCAAUACAUGUAUUGGUGCACUGAUGAAGAUGUCGGUGUUCCUUUAAUUAGUUCUGCAAUGCCACGCAACCGGUUCAAGGAAAUAAAAAAAUACUUGCACAUGGCCGAUAAUGACAAACUAGUUGAAAAAGACAAAUAUGGGGAAAUCUGACCUGUAUAUGAUUUGCUAAACGCCAAACUGAAGCAGUUUGGAGAUUUCGCACCCGCUAUGUCCAUCGAUGAGCAGAUGCUUCCCUAUUUUGGUCGUCACUCGGGGAAGAUGUACAUGCAUGGGAAACCUGUCAAAUUUGGUUACAAAUUAUGGAUAGUUGCAUCUCACACAGGAUACCCUUUCCAUAUGAUGCUGUACUCGGGCAAGGAGAAAGACAAGUCGCCAGGCGAUUUACUUGGGACGAGAGUAAUCUUUGAGCUUUUACAUCCAAUCAGGGAGCCACUGAGUCACACAGUAACUUUCGACAACUUUUUCACAAGUUACGAUGUUCUUGUUAAACUCCAAGAAAAGGGGUUUGCUGCUCUGGGAACUGUCAGGCAUAACCGUCUGCGUGGUUCUCCUUUGCCCAUUGCAACUGAUGUUAAAUAGACGGAAAGGGUUUCUUACAAGUACUGCAGUGAUGGGAAGCUGGUGGCUGUGGUUUGGAAUGACAACAGGCCGGUUUAUGCCGCUUCAAACCACAAAAAGGUAACCCCAACAGUAGUAAAACGUCGCUUCUCACAGUCUGAAAAAAAGUACAUCCAUGUUGAUUGCCCUGCAAUUAUUGAUACUUACAAUGGAACAAUGGGAGGGGUUGACCUGUUUGGUCGCUACUUGAGCGACUACAGGCCUUCAAUACGUGGCAAGAAAUGGUACUUCCCGUUCUUCACCAACGCGCUCAAUGUCUGUGCUACAGCGGCGUGGAGAGUUCACAAGGAGCUGGGCGGCGCUGAAACUCAUUUGGUAUUCCUAAGAUACAUCGUCCGCAUCCUUUUGAAGCAGGUAACUACCAAGAGAUGUCUCGGGACACCACGGUCAGUUCUUCCUGACAUACUGUACGACGGAGCAGGGCACAACCAGGACAAAACCAGCAAGGAAGGCCGAUGCAGACUGUGUGGGAAGAACACAUUCUACAGAUGUGUAAAAUGCAACCAGCUACUACACCAGAAGUGUUUUUUCCCGUAUCACUCCAGAGCGUGAAGGAUGUAGCAGCAAAACACUGCCACCGAAUUACUCAAAACCAUGUGCAGACUUUAAUUAAUCUAAUUAAAUGAAAUACAAAACAAAUUAGUUACCUUUUCUAUCUGAGUAAA